CCCCCCCCCCCCCCCCCCCCCCCCACUUUACAGACAGCCAUAUUUAAAUGACCUCAGGCAGUUAGUUCACCUGUAAAGUGUUGGCUAAUGGCGUGCUACUCUGGGUUUCAUCCUAUGUAACCUCAAAAAAAAAAAAAACUUAUAUCCUCUAGUUCAGGGUUUCCCAAACUUAUUAAAAAAAUGGAUUUUUGAAGUGAAUUUUUUUUUUCAAUUUAAUGACACACCUUAGUGGGGAAAAAACUGAAUUUCUGGAGCAUAUUUUGUCUAAUAAUUUCAAUUUCCCCUCUAAAAAGAUGUUUUUUCUUCAUUUUUCUCAAGCUGCUACACCUCCUUUCAAGUCUAACGUAUCGCUACUAUGAACUAAAUUGCCAACACGUACUGUACAGUAUGUAUUUUUCCACUCACUGCCCUCUGGAACGUCGUGUUUACAGGGCGAAAGUCCACCCUUCCAUUCUUAACAGCUGUGAAAUGAGUCUAGGGGUCUCCAGGACAGUUUACAAUUGAGUUCAAACUAGGCUAGUAGGCUAGGUAUAAACGAGUGUGCUACGUCUCUGUGGUAGCUGUUGCCGUAUGUGUCUAAAAGAGUGGGAAAAUAUUCCAUUCCGAACAGCAGCCUCGCAUGACGUUCACCUCAAAAACGUAGCAUUAGUUAGCAUUGUUCGCUAGCGACGGGACGCUGAUAUGCUAAUAUACAAACAAAGCUUUUAUUUAUCAAAAAAAUUUUAAAAAAAUUCUAAAAGUAGGGAUACUGCAAUGGCGUAUUAGGGCUACGAAAAAAAGUCGUAAUUUACGAUAAAAAAAAGUCCUAAUACUAGCUUAUAACUAAAGGUGACAUAAGUUCCGCCUUUUCUUAGCUGUCUCAUCCAGUGCCUGUUAUUAAAAUAAUCUGACAUUUUCAUAAUAAAGUUGUACGUUUACGACACUACAGUCAUAAGGUUACGAGAAAACUCUGAACAUUAUGUUCUCGUAAAGUUACUACUUUAUUCUCGUACAUUUAUGACUUUUUUUUUCCCCAUCAUAAUUGUACGACUUUAUUCUCCUAAUAUUACGACCACAUUUUCUCGUGAAUUUACAUCAUUAUUCACAUAAUUGACCGACUUUUUUCUUUUAGAUUUAUAUUAUUCUCGUAAGUGUAUUUAUUUUUCUCGUUAAUGUACGAUUUUAUUCUCUUUAUGUUCCUACUUUUUUCUUGAGAAUUGGCAACUUUAUUCUUAUAUUAUGACUUUCUCAUAAAGUAAAAAAAAAAUUCUCACUUACAAAUUUUUCUUUAUUGUAAUGCGUUUUUUUAUUAUUCUAAUUUAGCAACUUUUUUCUCGUACAUGUACGACUUUAUUCUUGUAAUAUUACUACUUUUUUUUCCUCGUAAUUUUGUACAGCAUUUUUUGCUUUUAAAUUUAGGACUUUGUUCUUGUUAAUUUCCACUUUUUUUUUCUCUCGUAACGGUACAAAUUUUUUUUUCUCCUAAAGUGACAACUUAAUUCUCGUAAUAUUACGAAUUUACAACAGUUUUUUCAGAAAUUGACACGUCUGGUUUCGUAAAUUUGGGACUUUUUUCUCAAAGUUACAACUGUAUUCUCAUACGAUGCAGUUUUUUUCUUGUAAAUGUACAACUUUAUUUUCGUAAAGUUACAGUACUACUUUUUCUCGUAAAUGUACGAGUUUUUUUUUUUGUUUUUUUGUUUUUUUUCCAAAAAGUUCCGACUUUAUUUUUUUCCUCUAAACUUUAUGACCCUAAUACGCCGUCGUAUGUCACGGGCUAACAUUCUUGAGUUAACAUUUGAAAAAAAAAAAUUUUUUUUAUUUUUCUCAAGCUGCUACUCCUGUGGUUCAUCACACUUGUAAAGCCGGUGCUGUGACUUUGAAGAACAAAAAUCUUGACCUUGGCUCAAUGUGGGGUUGCAUGUCAAAGUAACAGGAAUAAGUUUGGGAAGCCCUGUUCCAUUAUAAGGUAGGAUCAAGCCAAAUAAACCCUUCAUUCUGCGUUUUGUUCCACUUGCUUGGUAGCUUUUCAGGCCCGGAAAGAACCUUUCUUAAGUACACUAAAUGAUCAUAAUAAUGAUGAUGAUGUCACUUCAACAGGGUCCAAUAUCCAAGACAGAAUGUAUUGUACACAUCCAAGGCCUAACACUUUUGUGGGUUUAAGCCGUGCUUUAUACUCAACACAGGAAGUCGCCUGUCAAAAUUCCUUUCAAUACAAAAAAAAAAAUCCACUCCAACUCCGUAGGUAUUUUUAGCGCUCGUACCGAAAGACGUAUAUAUAAGAUUUUAUGGAAAAGUGUUUUUUUUUUUUUUUUAAUUGUAAAACAGGCCUUUUUCAGCCAUUUUACACCAUUUUAAGCCACGCUUGUUGCAAAAUUUUUCCAAAGAUUGUUAACGUUUUGAGAAGCCAUGAUGUGCAGGUUGCAUUUAUAAGGACAGAUUUUCAUUUUAGUAUGAUUUUAAGAAAAAAAAAAAAACAAAUUUUCCUCCUGAAUUUCACUUUCAAAGCCCUUUUGUAUCGUCUGCCAGUUUCUUAGAGCUAAAAUGCAACCUUAAAAAUGCUAAAAAGUAAAAAAAAAAAAAAAACUAGCAUAAUGCCUUAGAUCUUGUGCGUUUUUUCGCUCUUGUACAUUAUAUAUGGCCGUGUGUAUUAUAUUUGUAUAAUGACUUGUACAAUACUAACUAACCACCAUUCAUCCCUUCAUUGCUUUCUAUAAGGAUUCCUGCACUACGUCAUAUUAUUAUUAUUAUUAUUAUGGACUUUCUGAGACUUUGUUUUUUUUGGAAUCACACUGUACCCCCACUUCCCACCCUGGCGCAUUUGUACCCCAAGAGUGUGUGUAUGUGUGUGUGUGUGAGAGAGACAUAGAGAGGGUGAGAGCGCGUUUUAUGCAAAUUAGAUAAAGAAAAACAAACCCAGUUAUGCAAGUUGUGAACUAAUAUGGCUUCGCUGAUGCUAUUUGCCUUGUAAAUAAAGAAUUCUGUUAUUGCAAUAAUGUCAUGGAGUGUAUCUUUUCACACACACACACACACACACACACACACACAGUACAUAAAAAGCUAAUACUGUGCUAAUGUAUGUAAUGUAUUUUAAGCCCUAAGAGCUAACAUUUGUGUUCCUGUGAGGUAAAAAAAAGGGGUUAGAGAUAACAUCUCACCCAAAUGAAGGGAUUGUGUGUGUGUGGGGAGUGGGGGGGGGGGGGGUCAUAUGGAAAUGUGGAGGUUAACCGGGUGGGUUGUCCCUGCAGAGAAAAGAAAGAAAGAAAGAAAAGAGAGAGAACAAGGCUGUUAUUGAGAUGCAUGAGGUCCAUCCGUCCGUUCGUCCGUCCUCUAUAGGAGCCAAUAGGAAGAAGGCUGCAAGGAAUGGAAGCAUCCUUCCUUCCUCGGCUUGACGUCUUGUCUUCACUCAGCGUGUUUACCCUCACAUGACCGCAGCACUCCGGUCCAGUUGAGUGCAGAGCGGGAGAAGAUCCGUGUAGUGUCGUGUGGAUAUGACUGCUAACUUCUCUGUGGAACAUCUCUAACUCAUACAAGGACUCUCCAAAGACAUGCUGAAGACAAGUCCCCCCCGGGGCUUCUACCCGAGUCCUCACCCCCACCACCACCACCACCACCACCCGUACAUGGACCUCUUCCCCCCGACUCACAACCUCCUCAAGUCCACCUCCUCCCUCGCUCUCAACCCUUUCCUCAACCACCACCAACACUUCCAGCAACCCCAGCAUCACCACCACGUGCUCCCCGCUCCGGGACUCCCCUUCCUCGGCCACUUCGUGCAGGGACACACGCUGUGCUCCUCCAAGCCGGAGGACCUGGCAGCGGUGGUGACGGAGCACGCUGCGGGUCCUCUGUCGUCGGACUUCAGCAGUCCGUCCAGCGGGAGGUCGUCCUGCACGUCCACGUCGCCUCCGAAAACAGCCCAGAUUCAGACGUCCUCCCCGGGGAAAGGACGCUUUAACUUCAGCGAGGAUGACUUGUUCACGGUGUUGUAUGGCUACUCUGGAGGGCAGGGGCGGCACGCCAUAUCAGGGGUCUGCCUACCCGAUAAAACAGACUCUAACAUCCUACCUCUUGAUAAGGACACUUUGGACCUUCCUAAGGGUCUAAGCAUCAUGCAGGCUGCUUGGGGGAACGUGUCCCACUGUGGAGUCUUCACAGACAAGACCAGCAUCCCCAAGGGGACGCGCUUUGGUCCCUUUCAAGGAAAACUGGUCAACACCAGUGAGAUCAAAACAUAUGAUGACAACACUCUCAUGUGGGAGGUGUUUGAGAAUGGACGUUUGAGUCACUUUGUGGAUGGAAGAGGAGGUACUGGCAACUGGAUGUCGUUGGUGAAGUGUGCAAGGUUCCCGGAGGAGCAGAAUCUCAUUGCAGUGCAGCUCCAGGGUCAGAUCUUCUAUGAAGCCUGCAAGGAGAUUAAAGCCAAGCAGGAGCUUCUGGUGUGGUACGGAGACUGCUACAUGCAAUUUCUCGGCAUUCCGCUCACCCUGAGGGACUCCGGAGACGACAACAGCAGGGUUCCUCCCACUGAAGACGCCGGUGAUGGCUUCAAGUGCGACAGGUGCGGCAAGGUGUUCGCCUACAAGUACUACAGGGACAAACACCUCAAGUACACACGCUGCGUGGACCAAGGGGACAGGAAGUUCCCUUGCCACCUCUGCAACAGAUCCUUCGAGAAGAGGGACAGGCUGAGGAUCCACAUCUUGCACGUUCACGAGAAGCACAGACCUCACAAGUGCACGGUGUGUGGAAAGAGUUUUUCUCAGUCGUCCAGCCUCAACAAACAUAUGCGAGUUCACUCCGGCGAACGCCCAUACAAAUGUGUAUACUGCAAUAAGGCCUUCACGGCCUCCAGUAUUUUGCGCACGCAUAUCAGGCAGCACUCCGGAGAGCGGCCGUUCAAGUGCAAGCACUGCGGGAAGGCCUUCGCCUCCCACGCCGCCCACGACAGCCACGUCCGGCGGACUCACGCCAGGGACAAGCCGUUCCCCUGCGACCUGUGCGGGGCCUCCUUCCAGGAAGAGCACCAACUACAUAGCCAUGCCAAAAGCCAUUCAAAGGGGCAGGUCUUGGACACAACAAUUCUUUCUCCAAAGAAUGGAUCUGUUGAAGAAUCGAUUUUGGACAACCAAAAGAGUCAAAGAAACACCGGACAAAACUUCCCUUACACUGGAUUGACGGUUUUAAAUGCAGAAUAUCGACCAUGGAACUAAAAAUAUACAAAGAAAUUGAAUGAAAAUGUUAAUUUAUGACGACUUUAUUGUACAGACCUUUCUAGUCAGGCGGUGUCUAUUUAUAUACAUUUGUUGUGUGUUGUGCAUCCCUAUUAUUAUUAUUAUUAUUAUUUGGGUUUUUGCAAUAAGUAACCAAAGCUUUUUGUAUUACGGCAUCAUAUUUGUGUAUAAAAUGUUCUAAUUUAUAGCUUUGCAAUUGAAAGUGUCCUCGUUUAUUUAUAAAAGACGUUUUUUGACAAGUAAUGAAUAAAACAAU